UGACGAAGGCUUGUGAGGCUGAGAAGACAAAUUGCCCUCAUCAUUAUCUGCGGGCUUGUCAAUCAAACAUAUUCCCUUAUUUACCUCGGUGAGGAGAGAGCCCCGGGAGCACACAGAGAGGGAGGGAGCAAGAGGAGAGCUGCUUGCCCCAAACUCUGCACCAGGGAGGGAGCAUUUCCAGCCCCUCGGGAUGGCCACCAUCACCUGCAAUCGCUUCACCGAGGAGUACCAGCUCUUUGAGGAACUGGGCAAGGGUGCUUUCUCCAUCGUUCGGAGAUGUGUGAAGGUGUUGGCAGGACAAGAGUAUGCAGCCAAGAUCAUCAACACCAAGAAGCUGUCUGCUCGAGAUCACCAGAAGCUGGAACGAGAAGCCCGGAUCUGCCGCCUCCUGAAGCACCCCAACAUUGUGAGGCUCCAUGACAGUAUCUCUGAAGAGGGCCACCACUACCUGAUAUUUGACCUGGUCACCGGCGGGGAGCUGUUUGAGGACAUUGUAGCCAGGGAGUACUACAGCGAAGCAGAUGCCAGCCACUGCAUCCAGCAGAUCCUGGAGGCCGUCCUGCACUGCCACCAGAUGGGGGUGGUCCACCGGGAUCUGAAGCCUGAGAACCUGCUGCUGGCAUCCAAGCUGAAGGGUGCUGCUGUCAAACUGGCUGACUUCGGCCUUGCCAUCGAGGUGGAGGGGGACCAGCAAGCAUGGUUUGGUUUUGCUGGCACGCCGGGAUACCUCUCCCCCGAGGUGCUCCGGAAGGACCCCUAUGGCAAAGCUGUGGACCUGUGGGCCUGUGGCGUCAUCCUCUACAUCCUGCUGGUCGGGUACCCGCCCUUCUGGGAUGAAGACCAGCACCGACUCUACCAGCAGAUCAAGGCUGGGGCUUACGAUUUCCCUUCCCCUGAGUGGGACACGGUCACUCCUGAGGCAAAAGAUCUCAUCAACAAGAUGUUGACCAUAAACCCAUCCAAGCGCAUCACAGCAGCAGAGGCUCUGAAGCACCCCUGGAUAUCGCACCGUGCCACCGUGGCGUCAUGCAUGCACAGGCAGGAGACAGUGGAUUGCCUGAAGAAGUUCAAUGCCCGGAGGAAGCUGAAGGGAGCCAUCCUCACCACCAUGCUGGCCACCAGGAACUUCUCCGGAGGCAAAAGCGGUGGCAACAAGAAGAAUGACGGCGUGAAGAAAAGAAAGUCCAGUUCCAGCGUUCAGUUAAUGGAAUCAUCGGAGAGCACCAACACCACCAUUGAGGAUGAAGACACCAAAGUACGGAAGCAAGAAAUCAUUAAAGUCACAGAGCAGCUGAUUGAAGCAAUAAGCAACGGCGACUUUGAGUCCUACACGAAGAUGUGUGACCCUGGGAUGACAGCCUUCGAGCCCGAGGCUCUGGGCAACCUCGUGGAAGGCCUGGAUUUCCACCGAUUCUACUUUGAGAAUCUGUGGUCCCGGAACAGCAAGCCCGUGCACACGACAAUCCUGAAUCCUCACAUCCACCUGAUGGGAGAUGAGUCCGCCUGCAUCGCCUACAUCCGCAUCACGCAGUACGUGGACGCGGGCGGGAUCCCCCGCACCGCCCAGUCCGAGGAGACCCGCAUCUGGCACCGCCGGGAUGGCAAAUGGCAAAUCGUCCACUUCCACAGAUCUGGCGCGCCCUCUGUGCUACCGCAGUAAGCCCUCUGAAGCGCGGUCCUGCCCAUGUGGGGUUUGUCACUGACUGACUACCAAGGGGAGACCUCCUCCAACUUCUUCACCUAUGGGACUUUGGCUGUUGGCUCUGCUGCUUGGUUCCCGCUGGAAUAACCCCUCGCUUCUCACCGCACACACGCAACGGCCCCUCCGGUGCCACGCAAGCAUCCCAUCGACCUCCUCCACACCAACAGGGCCAUGCCACUGGGUCCCAUUCCUCUGCAUGAACCAAGAAAAGAGAAACCAUGAACUAAACCCAAGCAUCUGGCCAGUGAGAUGAUGUAUGCCGGGGUAAAGGCCUCCUUCCUCGGCUGCAUGGAUUUGCUGG